AUGGCGAGAGUUGAUACGAAGUUGAGCACGAGAGUUGGCGGAAAGACGCGUCUUCUGGGCAAGAGCAAACGUCAAGCUAUUCAGGCUCGAGGAUCACGUAUCUCGUUUGAGCAUCAUCAUCCGCACUUCCAUCGCAAUCGUCUCAAAGAUCGUCUCAAAGUUAACGUUUCAAGAUCUGCUGCAAAAUCCACGCGCUUUCACAAUCUCACAUCACACAUCAUCAUCUCCCCUCAGAACCCAAAGACUUUGAUAUCGGUGCUUGGUGCCUCAGCUCUGCUCCGAACAACGGCCUGUAAACAUCAGCGAUGGCAACAACACCAUCCAUUGCCCUUGCCUCCCCGCGUGUACUGGUCCGACCGGGUCUUACCCGCUUCUGAAGAUUCGCUCUUCGAAUCAUUUGGCACAAUCACACAGUGCUACGCCGCCACUCCUGUCGAGCGCACAUCAGUGGCCCUCCCGUUGGGAAAACCUUUACUCCCUUCGGGAGGGUCACUGCAUUUCACCUUUAUGUUCUGGAGUGAGAACAGAACAUUUGUUCCGCACUUCGCCUGGUUUUCACUUGAGAGGUUUUUGCUCUUAGUCACGGCAGUCGGACCUUCAAUGUUGUCCAAUAUUGGUGUGGCUCGGGGAGGAGCGUGA